CUAUGCCAACAAUUUGCCCCGUCGGGGGAGGUCGCCGACUCCUCGGGGUGCUGUUGUCAAAACCCAGACAGCUGGGAGUCACGUGACGUGACGUGUCACCAGCAUGGCGGCGCUGAGUUGAGGUAGCGACUCGACUGACACCGCUAGUGUGGCUCUCGUUAGCUUUCCCUCGUCACCUGCUUGCUCGCCGGGGCCAGGCCGAGGAUGACGGCCUGAGAGAGGAGCGGUAACGACACCGAGAGAUGCAGCAGCGACCACAGCAGCGGCCACCACAGCAGCACUCCAAGGCUGAGAGCAGUAAAACCAAGAGCAUGUUUCUGUCCAGGGCGCUGGAGAAAAUCCUCUCGGACAAGGAGGUGAAGAGGAGCCAGAACAGCCAGCUGCGAAAAGCCUGUCAGGUGGCGCUGGAUGAAAUCAAGGCAGAGCUCGAAAAACAAAAGGAUGGCACAGUGGUCCCCCCGAGAGCCAACUACAUUGAGGCGGACAAAUAUGUGCUGCCCUUUGAGUUGGCCUGUCAGUCAAAGUCCCCCCGGAUAGUUAGCACGUCUUUGGACUGUCUGCAGAAGCUGAUCGCGUACGGCCACAUCACGGGCAAUGCCCCGGACAGCAGAACACCGGGCAAGAGGCUGAUCGACCGGCUGAUGGAGACCGUCUGUAACUGCUUCCAGGGCCCGCAGACCGACGAGGGAGUGCAGCUGCAGAUCAUCAAGGCCCUGCUGACGGCGGUGACCUCCCCCCACAUAGAGAUUCACGAGGGCACGGUGCUCCUCACCGUCAGGACCUGCUACAACAUCUACCUGGCCAGCCGUAACCUCAUCAACCAGACCACGGCCAAGGCCACUCUCACACAGAUGCUCAACGUGAUCUUCACCCGCAUGGAGAACCAGGCCGCUCUGGAGGCUCAGGAGCUGGAGAAGGACCGGCUGCGUCUGCCCCAGCAGAACCCGUCCCCGGUGCCCGGUAAUCAGAGGUCUGGCUCCCCCCGGUCUGACCGGACGCCGACCCCGGAGCCCCAGGGCUCGCCUUCCCCGGCAGCCAGUUCUCAGGACCUCGCUGCCACCAGCCCCACGCCUCCGGGCCCUGACCUGGAGCAGGACCCGGCGCCAGACACGCCAUCAACCAAUGGAGAACCUGAGGGCGGCAACGCUCCAUUGAAUGGAGGAGCGGAACAGAUCACGCCAUCGACGGAUUCCGUUUUUGGAGAGGAAGGUGUGGAGACAUCUCCUACAGGAGCUGAGCCAGGUGAGGAGGGGGACAAAUCAGAGAGCAGCCCCAAUCCACCAGAGUCAGCGACGUCCGACGAGGUGGAGGAGAAGCAACCGCCGACAGAGACCAACAGUGUGACAGGAGGUGAGCACCCACCCCCCCCUCUCGAGAAGACAGAAGCGACUCCCUCCACAGUCGGAACGGAGGGUCAGCAGAUGAACGGCAUCCUUGAGGACCGCUCUUCUGUUUCCUCCACGGAUUUGAUGGAUGCCGAGGCCCUGCAGGGACCCCACGGUGCCGCCCGAUUCUCCCACAUCCUGCAGAAAGAUGCCUUCCUGGUGUUCCGCUCUCUGUGCAAACUUUCCAUGAAGCCUUUGGCCGAAGGACCUCCGGACCCAAAGUCCCACGAGCUGCGCUCCAAGAUUGUCUCCCUGCAGCUGCUGCUCUCCGUGUUGCAAGGCGCCGGCCCAGUGUUUCGCACUCACGAGAUGUUUGUCAACGCCAUCAAACAGUAUCUGUGUGUGGCGCUGUCCAAAAAUGGCGUCUCUUCUGUGCCUGAGGUCUUUGAGCUUUCGCUGGCUAUCUUCCUCACAUUGCUCUCCCACUUCAAGGUCCACUUGAAGAUGCAGAUUGAGGUCUUUUUCCGGGAGAUUUUUCUGACCAUCCUGGAGACUUCGACCAGCUCCUUUGAGCACAAGUGGAUGGUUAUCCAGACACUGACACGCAUCUGUGCAGAUGCCCAGUGCGUGGUUGACAUCUACGUGAACUACGACUGUGACUUGACGGCAGCAAACAUCUUUGAGCGGCUUGUCAGCGACCUGUCAAAGAUCGCUCAGGGCAGGAGCGGCCAGGAGCUCGGGAUGACUUCCCUGCAGGAGCUGAGUCUACGUAAAAAGGGUUUGGAGUGUCUGGUGUCCAUCCUCAAAUGUAUGGUGGAGUGGAGCAAAGACAUGUAUGUCAAUCCAAACCUCCAAGCCAACCUCGGCCAGGAGCAUCCGUCCGAUAGUGACGGAGCAGAGCUGAAACUCUCAGAGCUGCUGGCGGGACGCCGGGACAGCAUUAGUUCUCUGGACUCCACCGUCUCCUCCAGCAUGGCGCUGUCCCAGGCGGACCAUCCCGAGCAGUACGAGGUUAUCAAACAGCAGAAGGAUAUCAUCGAGCACGGCAUCGAACUUUUCAACAAGAAGCCAAAGCGAGGCAUCCAGUACCUGCAGGACCAGGGCAUGCUGGGUUCUGCAGCCGAGGACAUCGCCCAGUUCUUACACCAGGAGGAACGUCUGGACACUACCCAGGUGGGAGAGUUCCUGGGCGAGAACAUCAAGUUCAACAUAGAAUCGAUGUACUGCUACGUGGACCUGUUGGACUUUUGCGGCCGUGACUUUGUCUCAGCUCUCAGAGCGUUCCUGCAGGGCUUCAGGCUCCCUGGGGAGGCCCAGAAGAUUGACAGGCUGAUGGAGAAGUUUGCUGCUCGAUACUUGGAGUGCAACCAGGGACAGACCCUGUUUGCCAGUGCGGACACUGCCUACGUGCUGGCGUACUCCAUCAUUAUGCUCACCACGGACCUGCACAGUCCUCAGGUAAAGAACAAGAUGACUAAAGAGCAGUACAUCAAGAUGAAUCGCGGAAUCAACGACAGCAAGGACCUCCCCGAGGAGUAUCUGUCUUCCAUCUACGAUGAGAUCGCAGGCAAGAAGAUUGCCAUGAAAGAGAGCAAAGAGUUCUCCAUCACCCCAAAGUCCAGCAAGCAGAGUGUAGCCAGCGAGAAGCAGCGGCGGCUGCUGUACAACGUGGAGAUGGAGCAAAUGGCCAAGACCGCUAAAGCUCUGAUGGAGGCCGUCAGCCACGCCCAGGCCCCCUUCUUCAGCGCGACACACCUGCAGCACGUCCGACCCAUGUUCAAGCUGGCGUGGACCCCCUUGCUGGCAGCGUUCAGCGUGGGACUGCAGGACUGUGACGACCCCGAGGUGGCCUCACUGUGUCUGGAGGGCAUUCGAUGUGCCAUCAGAAUCGCCAGCAUCUUCAACAUGCAGUUGGAGCGAGACGCCUAUGUCCAAGCCCUGGCCAGAUUCACCCUACUGACGGCCAGUUCCAGCAUCACGGAGAUGAAACAGAAGAACAUCGACACCAUCAAGACCUUGAUCACUGUGGCCCACACCGACGGGAACUACCUGGGCAACUCCUGGCAUGAGAUCUUGAGGUGCAUCAGUCAGCUGGAGCUCGCCCAGUUGAUUGGCACGGGGGUAAAGACGCGCUACAUCUCUGGCGUGGUCCGGGAAAAGGAGGCCGGCAUCAGAGGCUUACCCACCGGCACAGAGGAGUUCAUGCCCCUGGGCCUCGGUAACCUGGUGGGCAGUCAGGACAAGAGACAGAUGGCUCACAUCCAGGAGUCUGUAGGAGAGACCAGCUCUCAGAGUGUGGUGGUAGCUGUGGACAGGAUAUUCACUGGUUCGACCAGACUAGAUGGAAAUGCUAUCGUGGACUUUGUGCGGUGGCUGUGCGCCGUGUCCAUGGAUGAGCUGGCCUCGGUACACCAGGCGAGAAUGUUCAGCUUGCAAAAGAUCGUGGAAAUCUCCUACUACAACAUGAACCGCAUCAGGCUGCAAUGGUCUCGAAUUUGGCAGGUCAUAGGAGACCACUUCAACAAGGUGGGCUGUAACCCCAAUGAGGACGUAGCCAUCUUUGCCGUGGACUCACUGAGGCAGCUCUCCAUGAAGUUCUUGGAGAAAGGCGAGCUGGCCAACUUCCGCUUCCAGAAGGACUUCCUCAGGCCUUUUGAGCACAUCAUGAAGAAGAAUAGGUCCCCCACUAUCAGAGACAUGGUGAUCAGGUGCGUGGCUCAGAUGGUCAACUCCCAGGCGGCCAACAUCCGUUCAGGUUGGAAGAACAUCUUCUCAGUGUUUCACCAGGCAGCCUCCGACCACGAUGAGACCAUCGUGGAGCUGGCCUUCCAGACCACCGGCCACAUUGUCAUGAACACCUUCCGGGAGCACUUUGCAGCUGCUAUCGAUUCGUUCCAAGAUGCAGUGAAGUGCCUGUCAGAGUUCGUCUGCAACGCAGCUUUUCCUGACACCAGCAUGGAGGCCAUCAGACUCAUCCGACACUGUGCUAAAUACGUCUCCGAGAGGCCACAGGCCCUGAGGGAAUACACCAGCGAUGACAUGAAUGUUGCCCCUGGUGAUCGGGUUUGGGUUCGUGGCUGGUUUCCCAUUCUGUUUGAGCUGUCUUGUAUCAUCAACCGCUGCAAGCUGGAUGUCCGGACAAGGGGUCUCACGGUCAUGUUCGAGAUUAUGAAGAGCUACGGCCACACCUUCGAGAAGCAUUGGUGGCACGACCUCUUCAGAAUCGUCUUCCGCAUCUUUGACAACAUGAAGCUCCCCGAGCAGCAGACAGAGAAAACCGAGUGGAUGACAACGACGUGUAACCACGCUCUGUACGCAAUCUGUGACGUCUUCACCCAGUUCUAUGAGCCUCUCAGUGAAAUCCUGCUGGCUGACAUUUUCACGCAGCUACAGUGGUGUGUCAGGCAAGACAACGAGCAGCUGGCUCGGUCGGGGACCAACUGUCUGGAGAACCUGGUGAUCCUGAACGGGGAAAAGUUCAGCCCCGAGGUCUGGAACAUCACCUGCUCCUGCAUGCUGGAGAUCUUCCAAAACACCAGCCCUCACGCUUUGUUGACAUGGCGACCGUCUGGACAGGAAGACGAAGCUGUAGAUGGCAAGCAUUUUGAUGCAGAUGUCGAUACCCAGUCCCAGAGCAGCUACGACAGAGCUCUGUCUGAGAGAGGACACAGCCAGAUGUCCAGCGACGACACCUGGAAGGGCAAGUCCAAUGCUAGAGUUUCAGAUCAGAAGCUGUUUGCAGGACUGCUGAUUAAAUGCGUCGUACAGCUUGAACUCAUCCAGACCAUAGACAACAUUGUGUUUUACCCAGCAACCAGUAAGAAGGAGGAUGCUGAGAACAUGGCUGCUGCACAGCGGGACACUCUGGAGGAGUCUGAAGCUGGGGGAAGCCAGGCGGGCUCUGAACAAGGCAUGUACAAGCACAUGACCUCUGCACACCUCUUCAAGCUGCUCGACUGUCUCCUGGAGUCACACACAUUCGCCAAGGACUUCAACUCCAACAACGAGCAGAGGACAGCACUCUGGAGGGCCGGCUUUAAGGGGAAAUCUAAGCCCAACUUGCUGAAGCAGGAGACCAGUAGUCUCGCCUGCAGCCUGAGGAUUUUGUUCAGGAUGUACUCUGACAUUCAGCUGCAGGAUUCGUGGCCGGACAUCCAGACACGCCUGCUCCUGGUGUGUAGUGAAGCUCUGGCCUACUUCAUCAGUCUGACCUCAGAGAGCCACAGGGAGGCUUGGAACAGCCUGCUGAUGCUUCUGCUCACCAGGACGCUACGGCUCCCCGAUGAAAAGUUCAAGCCCCAUGCUUCCUGCUACUACCCCCACCUGUGUGAAAUGAUGCAGUUUGACCUGAUCCCCGAGCUGCGGGCCGUCCUCAGGCGCUUCUUCCUGCGCAUCGGCUCCGUCUUCCGUAUCGCCGCUCCCGAGGGGACGGCAGUUCGGCCUCCUUCGUCGUAGAGUGAGCGGGUGGCGGACGACGGGAUGGAGCUGCAGGGGGUUGAUGGCGGGCCGGCGUAGAUACCAGGUGGAGAACUUCCCUCUGGCCUCCUUGGUUUGGACAGUAAGCGAUUUAGAGAGGGUGCCGACAGAGUCUGUAGCUCUUGGGCCUCAGUUGAGGAGUGUUCAGCCUUUCUGCUGCACUCAGCUUGGCGAGAAGGCGCCGUCCAUCCUCCCUUCUUUCUCUCGGGGAUGAGCAGCACUGUGACCGGCACGCCGUCGCUCAUCCCCCCGACACUCAUCCACACUUGUAAUGGCAAGAAAGAACUGCAAACAAAUAAUUUAUUGAUAUUGUAUCUUGAUUUUGACUUUUCUUUCUUUUCUCCCCCCUGUUUGAAAUACUUACAAAAGAAGUACAUGCUGAGUGCAAAUGAACGAUACUGGUGAAUUCGAAAGGACUUUACAUUUGCGGCGUUGCAAAAAAUCUCUCGGCCAUCUGUGCCUGUUAGAAAACGACGACACAUCAGUGUCCCUUAAUGUGACUUUGGUGAUCUAAUCAAAAUAUGUUGUGAUGAUUAAUGUAUCAAACGUUUGUCACUUUAUUGUUUGUGUUCCCUCUUAUGUCUGUAUUAUUCAAUUUAUUAGGAGACCGAACGGGCUCAACUGGUGGUGAAACAAAUCUGCAUCUCUUACAACACUAUCAAAGAUUCUUUGUCCGUCUCUGUGACACAGCCGUCCUGUCAGCUUUAGAAUUUGUCAAUGAGACUUUACUUAUUUAUUUUGCUCACUCUAUUGACUCACUUGGUUUAAUUUGUUUCAUGAUUUGUUCGGGAUCAUCUCUGGUUUACAAUGAAAGGUUGGUUGAAAGACUGUUUCCCUCUGCCGUGCAUUCCUCUUCCAUUGACCCGGUGAGCCUCCGAAGGACUCGACUCCUUGCUUCAGAUCCACAGCUGGGUCGUAAACUCCUCCCCUUACCUGUCAGUCGGUGACACAGCGGUUGUCUAUUUCCCUCGCUCUUAUCCACAUCUGUUGCUCAACGUUUGCUCAUGUAUUACCACAACGCAGUGUAUCAACUGGCUCCAGAUGGUCGGUGUUGUAUCGCGUUCAACCACAGAGCGCUUCAGGAGCGAAAACCAAAACUCUCACCUACAGAGAUGCAAUCUCUGGAUCCUUUCUAGUUUAUUCCAUGCCUUUUUAAAAAAAAAAGGGAUCUCAUUUUUUUAAAGUGCAUUUAAAUAUUUUUUGAGAAGCAUUCCUCCCCUCGCAACUAUGGAUGUCUACUUUUCUUCCCUAAUGAUAGGGAAAUAAUAUAUAUAUAUAUACAUACAGUUAAUGGAAAAGAAGACUGUAAAGUUUUCAAUGUAAGAUACAUAGAAAUGAUAGCGCUAUACGGUUCUAUACAUACUAUUGUGAUGUAAUCUUCCAAACAUUUGGUGAAAUAAUCAAUAAACCUGAAUUGUGAUCCACUCUUGA